AUGCCUCCCAAAGGUAGCAAGCACAUCGCAUACAAAUGGUCGCCCGAAUCAGAGCGACUGAUCCUCCUCAGCGUGCUGAAAGGAGCUGAGUUCCAAGCCACCAGACCCUUCUUCAACCAAGUCGCCGAGAAAAUUGGAGGUGGCGUCACUGCGGAAGCAGUUAGUCAACGCUUCUACAAGCUGAAGAAAGAGUCCGAAGCUCUCACCGCCGGAACCGCCACUGCCACUGCCACUGCCAACAACGGCACUACCGCCUCCGCUCCCACCCCAGCUACACCCACUCCCAAGAAAUCCCGAGCUGCACCCGGCACCUCUGCUCGCAAACGUAGGAACGGCGCCACGAAUGGAGAUGGAAAUGGCAACGAUGGCGACAACGCCGACGAAUCACCUACCAAGAAAACCAAGACCGCUACCUCCGCCAAGAAGAAGAAGGUGGCAGCUACUGAAGCGGCGGCUGUUGCUGCUGCUGAGGAAGGUGCAGAUGGUGAAGAUGAGAUGGUAAAAGUCGAGAAUGACGAUGGGAGGAGCGACAUCACCGUCAAGGCGGAGGCGGAGGAGAUUGCAGAUGCGAAUGUUGCUGGUGAUGAUGACUGA